CGAGCGUAGUUUGCCGCUUGGCUCUUCGACGGAUAUUUGAAGGACACCGAGAGCGAGAGCACCUUCUCAUCUGCGCUCAUUCGAACCUACGAGCUUUCUCAGCCUUUGUCUCAGUCGUUCGGAUUUUCAACCCUGCAUCGCGCGUUCGGUCGGAAAAUCAUACCCGUGUAAGCGACCCGCUGACGGCUCUUCGCCGCAACAAGUCUGCUCCGAUUUUCGCGGCAACCGGAUACCAAUCAUCGACGAACGAGAGAAAGGGAGCGCGCAGAGGCGUUGGGUGGAAACCGAUCGAGUGUCAAUAAAAGUCGAUUUAUACCCUUCGACGCGACUUGACAAAACUGCAGCCUGCUGAAAUCGCUUGAGCUGAUUCGGGACACGGUUUUGUUCGAGAAAGCCUGGAGUCGAGUUACGAGACGUGAAAAACGCCACAUCAUUCCUCAUGGCUACUAACAGUGAGAAAGCAUUUUCCUAGCAUAGGAGAAAAACCUCGUAUCCAGGGAAGUCUUGGUUACGAGUGUGGAAGGCUGCGAGACGUGGUCUAGACGCAGGUUUGAAUUUUAGAACGAUUCGUCUGUUCUUCAGACAAUUUUUACGACGACUGAAAGAAUAAUUGAAACGCGUAGACAUUCAACGUGCAGUUUCGUCAGUGUUUUUCGUGUGGUAGAAAAAUAAUUUCCUACAAUUCUCUCCGAAGUGAAUCAACCGUGUUUGUCAAAACUAUUUAUCCGAUCGAGUAUAGUUAUGUGUUCCAUAAAAUACAGCAAGCAGUUUCUCAGCUAUCGCAUACUAAAAUCAAACCGGUUCAAAUACAUCUGACGAUACGGACUCGGGCUAAAUUGUUGUAUCAGUGCGCUAUAGUGUUUACGCCCUAUUUGUGAUAGCUGCGGUUCCGUCGUCGCAGCCCCGCAUGACCUGAAACGUCUUGCGAAGAUCAAAUACUAAGCUUCGAAUGAACAAGAGCUGGGAGUCCGUCGUUCUCAACUAAAAUCAACCGGGAAAAAAUUUCAUACGAGCUUUGGCAAAAGAGGAAUUAUCGAUCCCUUGAAAGUCGUUAGUUAGGCGAAGAUUUCAGGAUCGAAACAAGGAGAAGAAAAAAGUCUCAACCCUGCUUCGAAGAAAAUUAAGCGGCAAAGAAGGAGGAGAGGAGAGGAGAGGAGAGGAGAAUAGAGAAUAAACCUUAACAACAAAAACGUUACUAUUACUCGUUCGGUAAUCGUUAAUUAAAAGUAAUACUAUCGUGUAUAGCGUGUAUCGCGUGGCGCACCGAUAAUUUUAUUUCUUGUCAACACGAUCGUAAAGAAGACGAUAUCUACUGUCAGUAAAAAUUCGCUUUUCCCGGGCCCCGAGUCCACAACUCGGGAUCCGCCAAAAACGGCCCUCAAAAUAGCAACCUAAGACCGGGGGCAGAGGUAAAAAAUUGAUAAAGUACCGAUUCAACAUCCGGGAAAAGUUCAUCGCCAUACCCGACAGAGAAUAUAAAUAAAAAACCGAAAAACCAAACACAUCUGCACGUCUUUGAGGUACCGCAAGGAGAAAGACCACCCGAAACCUAUAAAAUAGCCUAUUUCGAAAGUAUCUGAAGUAAAAAAUGAUCCUUUACGUUCCCGGCAGAAUGCCAACCCACGUUAACCCCUACGGCGUGGCUCGCUACCCGGGCAGCUUCCUGGGCAGCGCUCCUGCGGGCUACCAAAGCCUGGCGAACACCUUCUCCGGCGUACCGAUUACCACCAACUACCCUAAUCUGAGCCUGCACCACCCUAGGCCGGACUUCUCGGCGUGGCCGCAUAGGAUGCCCGUCGAGGAAGAGCUGGGGACUUCCCCGCCAGCAGGACUCCCUAGCCUCGGGGCUUCCCCGAACUGCAGCCUCGGCACCGCGGGUCCUCCGAGUCCAGCCCACAGCGACUCUGACGCUUCAAGUUCCAGCCUGGAACUCGGCUCCGUGCGGAAAGGAGAGAACACGCAGCUAAAAUGCAGGUGGAUAAAUUGCGGUCGGUGGUUCGCGUCUCUGGAACAACUAGCCGGACACGUUGCGAGACUGCACGCUGCUCCCGGGCCAAAGGGGCUAUUUUACUGCGGAUGGGAAAGCUGCGCGAGAGGCGAUCGCGGAUUUAACGCCAGGUACAAAAUGUUGGUGCACGUCCGCACUCACACUAACGAGAAGCCGCACCAUUGCUUCCAGUGCGACAAGAGCUUCAGCCGUGCGGAAAACUUGAAGAUUCACGCCCGUUCUCACACCGGUGAACGUCCCUACGUCUGCCCGGUUGAAGGGUGCAAUAAAGCGUAUUCAAACUCGUCGGAUCGUUUCAAGCAUACGAGAACGCACGCGGUGGAUAAACCGUAUUGCUGCAAAGUGCCGGGCUGCCCUAAGAGGUACACGGAUCCGUCAUCGCUGAGGAAACACGUGAAGACGUAUAGACAUUACGUGAACAACAACGACAAGAUGCUGCAGGUGAAGAGUUUCGACGAUAAUGUUAGCCAGGAUAAGACGAGCUUAGUCAAGUCCGAAUCGGACAAGAAGGAUUCUAGCAUCGAAAGCAACACGAGUUUGAGUCCGAAGAUGAGCUACAGCUUCGAGGAGCAACAAAAGUUUGUCGAAAGGAACAAUUUUUACAAUCUUGAACAGCAGGAUCAGGAGCAUCAAGUUUCGCCGUCGAAAUUCGAACAGGAUGUGAAAAUUUAUCCAAGAGUUUACGACGAGAAUUACAUCUUACCGCAGAGAAUUCAAGUGAAUCCGCUCUACGGGCAGAGUCCGAGCGACGACGUAUCAUCGCCACUUACUAGUCCGCCCCAAGAAAUAUAUCCCAGAAUUAGCAUGCAGUCGACCCCCAUAAAGAUCGAGGAACCGAGCGUAUGUCCGAAAACGACUACCGUCGACUACCGAAACAUCGAAUCGAUCGUAAACAGCACACCGAAAAAGGAAUCGUCGAUUUGCGAAGUGAGGAAUUCUGUGAUAAGGAGGGCCGAGGAUGUCAAGAUGGACGUGGAACAACGGACGAACACCAAAGAACAAAACAGCGAAUGCUGCUGCCACCGAAAAUGUUGCAUUCACGACAACGACAGCAUACUUAAAAAGACGAAAAUUCUCUCUGAUCUGAUUUUGAAGACGCAAAACCCGCUGUUUAGGCAUCUUCUAGGAACGGUUGACUUGCAAUACGGCCUUCAAAACAUGUGGAAUAAUAUGGCUGACACGACAAAUACUUGCGGGCAAGAUUUGAGGGUGAAGAAUAACGACACCGUUACCGAAAUGGAACAAGAUCUACCUCUAGAUCUGACGAUUAACAAGUAAUUACAUCAAUAUCGUGCCUACCAAAUACUGUAUAUUCAAGAUUCAAAUCUCUUUCAGUAAAUACGAUCCACCUGAACGAAUAGCGAACGUUCCACCAUGGGAAAUGUACAUGUAAAAAAACUGGAAAAGAUGAUCGAACAUUCGUUACUCGACGAGUGCCUUAUGAAAGGGAUUUCAAUCCAUGUAACCGGUGUACAAAUUCCGUAACUGUUUUGAUCAAAUAGUAAAGCCAAAUAUAUUACGUGUAAGAAUCGAUCGGAUAUAUUCGACAAUCAAAUAUGAUUUGCUCAAUAUAAUCUAUUUGCCUUAUCAUGCCUUAACUAUUAAGUUACAAUACUACGCUCCAAGUUUGUGCCAAAAUGUUGUCACUCACCACUAGCUUAUAUAAUCGAGCACUGUUAUGUAAUAUACUCAACAUGUAUAUACAUAUGUUCACACUCAUAGGCGACAUAUAUGUAUAUAUUUACGAGCGUUCAACUCACAUGAUGAAAAACAAAAGUGAGCAGCAUUUUGAGUUAAUAUCUUUUUGUAUUUAAAUAAAAGUAUGAAAAAAGUGCCUUAUUCUGUGAGAAAAGCUGUAUAACAAUGUGACUAGCUAAUAAACCGUAUUAUUUAUAUGAACACUA